CGACCAUCCAACGCUCCUUUUCCGGGAUUCCGACGUCGGCCUAGGCGAGCUAUGCGGACUGCUAUCGGCUAGCUGCGGCUGGACAAAAACUACUCACACCCAGAAGCAAAACUUGUCACGAUUUGCCUUUUUAGAGGCUCCUACAGUCACCUGUCAGAAGGUGUGGAGGAACAACAUCACUUGGACAAAAAAAUAUAAGGACUUCAGGAUAAGGAUACUUCAGACUAUGUAACCGGCAUGUUGCAGAUGGCUUUGUUUCAAAGCUGCACAAUGGAAGAGGAGGUCUAUGUGCAGAGAAUGUGGAGGUGGGAGAGGUUUCUGCAUCCAGGCCUGGACAAGCACAGUGACACCGCAGUGACCUGCACAGUUCUUUUUGGAAUGAGUUGAUUUCUUUUAUUUUUUUUAUUUCCCCCCUCCUGUUGCCACAUUGACAUUUAAAGUUGGGCUCUCAAAGCAUUCGGCAUGGACUUGGACAUACUUUUAUAAGGUUGAAGACACAAAAGAUACCAUUUCAGUUGAAAUCAAGUUUUGAACGACGUCUUCAGAGUUCAAUUUCAUAUUAGGCGAAAGUGAAUUUCUUUUCAUUUUUAUAUCAAUUUUGACAGUUCAACAGUGUGGAGCCGUCCUGCCUGCAGCCCUCAGCCAUGCUCAGUUUCUUCCACCCAGCCAGUGCCUAAAUAAGACCCCUUGGGACAAUCAUACAAGUCAUCAGCAGCUGCUGUGCUCAAUCCUUUGCCUGUUUUUUUAUGAUGUGCUUCUGUUCUCUGCCUGUUGGCCCUUCAUCCGCUAAAUCUUUAAUUUUCUGCUCGCUUAUUUUGAGGUUUACUUGAUUUUUCCUUUCCAAGCCAGAUUCAAGCACAGCAAUUGCAAUCCAUUGACAAACGUUUAAUGCUGUGCUUUAGUAUGCACAAGUAGGAGUGUUAUUGUUGAAAAAGACGUAAUUACCUUAUUGCGCCAAACGCAGUACCAUUGAAGCCAUACAAAAAUAUUUAUGAAUUUCCUAUACAUAUUUUUGUAUCACUUGCUCUUGCUUUUAUAAUGCUUGAAAUCUAAUUUAGCUUAGGGAAUUUUAUAUAUACAUAACAUGAAAAUGCAAGUAGAAUUGUAUACUGUAUUGCUAUAAGAUUUUAAAGAAUAUAUAUUUGAGUGUUGUAGUGCUGGGAAGUUUGCCGACUGUUUCCAUUCAUAUGCUGCUUUGAUUUAUUUCAUCCCAUGGCCUCUUCCAAACAAACACUUUUGUCACUCUAACUCGUCAAACAUCAUUUUCAGUUGAUAGAUAGUAGAUAGCUACCUCUCUCUCGGUCUUCCCAUCAUUGCUCAGUCUCUGAUGCCGGGCUUCAGUGGUGGGGGUGUUGGGGGAGGAGUAGGUGGCCAGGUUUCUGCUCCUCCCCGCCCUUUUAGACCCAGCCGAUAUGUCCCGGUGUCUGCAGCAACAACCUUCCUUGUUGGAUCCACCACCCUCUUCUUCUGCUUCACCUGUCCAUGGUUGUAUGAGUACUUCUCCCCCAUCAUUCCCAUUUAUAUCGCUGUGAUCUUCCUCUUCACGCUGGCCAACUUCUGUAUGGCUACUUUUAUGGAUCCUGGAGUCUUCCCCCGAGCGGAGGAGGAUGAGGACAAAGAGGAUGAUUUUCGUGCACCACUCUAUAAAACGGUGGAGAUCAAAGGCAUCCAGGUGCGGAUGAAAUGGUGCUCCACCUGUCGCUUCUACCGACCCCCGCGCUGCUCACAUUGCUCAGUCUGUGACAACUGUGUGGAGGACUUCGACCACCACUGUCCCUGGGUGAACAACUGUAUUGGUCGACGGAACUAUCGCUACUUCUUUCUCUUCCUGCUCUCACUCACCACCCACAUAGUGGAUGUUUUUGGCUUUGGCCUCCUUUAUGUGCUUCACCACCGCCAGCAACUUGACACGCCACAUGCUGCUGUGACUAUGGCAGUGAUGUGUGUUGCUGGUCUGUUUUUUGUCCCAGUUGCUGGCCUGACUGGGUUCCAUAUUGUGCUUGUGGCUCGAGGUCGCACCACAAAUGAGCAGGUGACCGGAAAGUUUCGUGGAGGCGUUAACCCCUUCACUAACGGUUGUGUGAGGAAUAUUUCACAUGUACUUUGCAGCUCACUGGCUCCCAGAUAUACGGGUCGGUCACGGAAGCCUCAGACAGUAGAAAUACAGCCUCCCUUCCUCAGGCCGCCUCUCACAGAGGCACAGCUAGAAGCCAAGGUCCUGGACAAUGGCAUCCAGAAUGAUCGACACAGCACAAGAUCAAAGAGCAGUUUGGAUCAAAUGGAGAGUCAGUCAGCAGACACGGAGCCUCCACCUCCCCCAAAGCCAGAGCUUCGUUAUCCUGGCCUGUCUCGUGGUGACACAGAGGAAAGCAGCUUGUUGACAGAAGGUGUUCCCACACAAUCUAUGUACAAGUAUCGACCUGCGUUCAACAGCCCAGGAAAGAACCACAGUGCCCACACACAUGGCAAGGUGAUCCGCGGGGAGAGCCUCGACUCUCCGUCUCCCUCUAUUCUUCACUCCAGCCGCCAUCCCAGUUAUCGUUCGGAACCGAGCAGCCUGGACGGGGCCACAGUGGUGGGGGGUGUUGCGGGGGCUUUCAGAGGGGGAGCAGAGAGGGCUGAGGGUCCUGGAGGCUUAAGCAGAACCGUCGGAGGGGUAUCGGGGGGCAUGUCGGGUUACUCUCUGACUGGACGCUCCCAUACUUCGUACCCAUCCUCUCUGGUUCUAUCCACUGGGGGCUCCCACUCUUCCAGUCUGCGCUCAGCGCACUUGGCGCACAAUCCUCUGGCCACCCUCCAGUCAGAAGGAACUACAGAUACCAGCUACAAAAGUCUAGCUAACCAGACCCCACGAAACGGCAGUUUGUCCUACGACAGCCUGCUCACGCCAUCCGAUAGCCCCGAGUUUGAGUCGGCCGCCCACGAAUUGUCGCCGCAGAAGCCUCGUGCGCCUUUCCCCUUAAUGACAGGGGCCGCGGUGAGAGGCCAGCCUGAAGUAGUGUCCCCCACUUCUCCGCUACAGGGCUAUACGUCGCCCUUCCUCUCAGCUCAGCUCACCCAGCAGAGGGAGGGCCAUCUGCUCCAGGGAUCCGCCACUUUCUCCUCCCCCCAAAGGGCCUAUCUGCGUGCCGUCAGCCCGCCCCCUCCUUCCGGGCCCCCUGUGACACUGCACCUGCUACAGCAUAACCACGACUCCUCCACCUCCUCCUCCAGAGUGCCCCGUAACUCUGUGUCGUCGUCGUCCUCCCCGGGGGCUCGCUCGCCCGAGCCCCCGGUCACCCCGCCGCCUCGCGGCAUCUCCCUGGGCAAGUCCCAGUCUUACGCUGGGGAGGCGGGACCCCAGCAAAAGCUUCGGGCCGCUGUGGUGCUGGGAGGGGGAGGAGCUGGAGGAGGGCAUCAGGCUCCACACCAUCCUCUUCCUCCUUGAUCUGUAUCAACCUCUCGCACAAUUUUGGCCAAUCACACCACGUCUAAACCAGGGGGCGGAGUGAAGAAGGUGACCGGCGUCGGAGGGACCACUUACGAGAUUUCGGUUUGAGUGACAGGCGCUUCAUUCCAUCCACUGAGGAAGAGGAAAGAAAAGUCACUGGGCAAUUUGUAAUUGUUUCUUCCCUCACCUGGAUAUUAUUUGCGACUGCAGAGCCAAAAGCAGCACUCCGUGCACACCUGCCUGCCUGGUACCGACUGGCCUUGUCGAUCCCAACAAAGACUGCACAUUGGUUCCUGUUUUACAGGCCACUUUGUAAUGCACAGACCAUUUGAGGUCUGUUCCUUCAAGGACAGAACAUGCCCGGAUGCGGUUUGACAUUGGUACGUUAGUAGUACGCAGUAUUUUUGACACUUGAGGGUGGCCUGUUGAAUUUUAAGGAGGAUUUAAAAGUGUUGACCAAUGAGGACGACUUUGAUUUAUGGACCACACAUCCUGUUGCGUGAAAAGCAUCAUCAAGAAAAUCCAACUUAUAAAAACACAGUAUCAUUUUAGUUUUAUAAGUCCUCGUUUUUAAAUAUUUUAUAAAAAAAAAAAAAAAUGUGUAAGAUCUUACAGAUUAUUAUUGGGUCCUGUUGUCAGGUGUUAAAGAUGACUUAUCAAUGAGGGUGGCAAAUGUAUAAUGUGUAUAAUUCUUUAUUUUUAAUUACAAAUGUGUUGCCUGUUUAUAAUUGACGGCUGCAUCAGCCACUUGUGAGCUCUUGCUGAAAUUGUUGUGAUCCAAAGAGUCGACUUCGGAGGUGGCAAGAAAAAAAAAACAACAACAAUUGAGCUUUAUUUUCAAAAGCCACAGAAAAAUUUGGAGUGGAACGCGUUUUGGUUGAAUGUACCUGUGUAAUGUUUAUGUGCUUGAGGCGUUAUGCAAAAUCCAAUUUGUAGCUUUAAGAUCAUCGUCUGUCUUGUUUCGAUGCAACAUUUUGAUCCUUUUAAUGGAUGACCAGCCAAUUAAGACUGGGGCGCAGAUGGGAUUGGAGGUGAGGGUCUCAUAUUUUAACAAUAUUACAGCUGCAAUGAGAGUCUGCGUGUAGUCAUGGUACUAUUAAAGGGAGAAAAAAAACAUGUAGCACUCGGGAUGUCCUGAUCACAUUUUUUUUCCUGUGGAGGGGGG